GAAAAAAAAACUCAAAUCAAACAAUAGAAAAGAAACAAGAAACAAGAAACAAGAAUGGUUUCCUCAUCAGUUUCCACAUUUGCCUCUCUUGCACCAUACUUAGUCUCAGCACUACUUCUCUUCCUUCUUCUUGAGCAACUCUCUUACCUUGUCAAGAAACGUAACCUCCCUGGCCCUUUCCUCGUCCCUCCGAUCAUAGGAAACGUCCUUGCACUCCUCCGCGACCCGACUUCCUUCUGGGACAAGCAAUCCGCGAUGGCGGACAAUUCCGUCGGCCUUUCAGCCAACUACCUCAUAGGAAAAUUCAUCGUCUACGUCAGAGACGCAGAGCUUUCAAAUAAAAUCUUCGCCAACGUACGUCCCGAUGCUUUCCAACUUAUUGGUCAUCCAUACGGCAAAAAGAUCUUUGGUGAUCGCAGCCUUAUCUUUAUGUUUGGCGAGGAACACAAGUCCGUUCGUCGUCAAGUCGCUCCUAACUUCACCCGCACGCCACUCUCCAUCUACUCAUCCAUACAACAAACAGUUAUCCUCCGUCAUUUACGGCAGUGGGAGGAAAAUUUCUCCGGUGGAUCUCAGCCGGUUUCCAUGCGACAACUCAUCCGUGAACUCAACCUCGAGACUUCCCACACGGUUUUUGUCGGACCCUACCUUGACGAGGAAGUCAAGAACUCAAUCCGUAGUGAUUACAAUAUGUUCAAUAGAGGAACAAUGGCGCUCCCUAUCGACCUUUCUGGCUUCGCGUUCGGGGAAGCUCGUAAGGCGGUAUCGAGGCUAACGAACACAAUGGCUCUUUGUACAAGAAAGUCAAAAGCAAAGAUGGCUACAGGAGAGCAUCCAACAUGCUUAGUCGAUUUUUGGACGCAUUCGAUCAUUGCGAAGACUCCACCACCGCCUCACUCCAAAGACGAAGAGAUAAGUUGUGUUCUCGUUGAUUUUUUGAUCGCCGCACAGGACGCUUCCACAUCAUCACUUCUUUGGGCAGUUGUGCUGAUUGAGUCAGAGCCAGAAGUGUUAAGAAGAGUCAGGGAAGAAGUAGGACAGAUAUGGUCGCCUGAGUCAAACACGUUGAUCACAGCUGAUCAGCUCGCAGAGAUGAAGUACACACGGUGUGUGGCACGUGAGGUCCUUAGAUACAGAACACCAGCAAGUGUGGUUCCACACGUUGCUGUUAGUGACUUCCUUCUCACGGAAUCUUACACAAUACCUAAAGGUGCAGUUGUGUUUCCUUCCAUUUACAAUGCAUCGUUUCAAGGGUUUACUGAACCAGACCGGUUUGAUCCUGACCGGUUUAGCGAGACAAGGCAAGAGGAUCAGGUGUUCAAACGCAAUUUCCUAGCUUUUGGAAUUGGCUCGCACCAGUGUGUUGGUCAGCGUUACGCGUUGAACCAACUCGUGCUCUUCAUUGCCAUGUUCACGUCGCUUCUUGAUUUCAAGAGAGUCCGGUCUGAUGGAUGCGAUGAGAUUGUGCAUUGCCCCACGAUGUCGCCCAAGGACGGGGGCAUGGUGUUCUUGUCUAGCCGUACCGUUUCGUCGACUUGAAUAUAUUGAUUUGGUAUAAGUCAUCGUCGGUGUAUAUUCUAUAAAUUGUCAUGAUGUUUCUUAACUCCUAAGUGUUAUUAAAUUAUGAGAGGAGAUGUCAUCAUUUAGUCUUUUAUCAAAAACCUAUAGUAAGGUAAAAG